AUGGGCUCCGAGGCUUCGGGAGUCGUCGGUGAGCCGCCGUCGUCGCCGUUUCUCUCUCUUACUCGAGCAACCCUUCUCCGCGCGAUCUUCUUCGGCGUUCACGCUCGCUCUCGGCCGCGUAGGGCGGUCGUCGUGCCCUACCUCGCCAUUACCCCGAUCUCCAGCACGGAGAUGGUUUCUUCGACUGGCCGCCCGUGCUUAUUAUCCUCGAGAAAAUCACCCUGUAUCUGUUGAGAAUCCGCCUGUUUGAUUUCCUCAUGCCCGUUUCAGCUUGCAGCAUCCUGAUGGCCGACUCCUUCUAUCCCCCCAUUUUUCGUAGCCUUACCACCGCAAAAUUCCCUUUUCUUGAAGGUCAACGCAGGCGUUUCCUUGGUUUAGAAUCAAAGCGAAAAUCAGAGCAAGAGGUGGGUGAGGAUGGUGAGACGCUGACUAAUGGGCUCCUCAUCCUGCCCCACUGAUUGUUCUAUCCUUUCCCGCUUCCCAAUUUCCGAAUAAUUGGGAAGUCCAGGCCAUGGCUGACCGAUCCGUCCCGAGGUCGGGGUAUGUACUUGCUCUCGUUCGCGCUCCCUGACCAUUAAAAAUCCUCUGAACAAUGUAAAGCCCCUUCUUACUGUCCCGUGUUCCUUCCUCAGUAGCAGUGAACGCAUGCUUAUCGCCGUUGCUUCUUCUCUGCUGUGGUUCUGUUGACGUAAAUUCGUUGAGCAAUUCAUAUUAUGGCUGCCCAUCCUCAUCCACAUUAAAUCCGCAGGUUCGGAGUCUGCGCCAUCCAAUUCUGAUCAUGUUCUUGCCUAAUUUUGUUGAUUUUAUUGCUCUGUCUUCGUCAUGCUUGAGAUAAUCACGCAACCUCGAUCUCAGUGCUGCAUGUAGCUUACUGUGGUUCUAUCUGAUCUGAUCACCUUCUCGAUGGUGCUUCUCAUGGCGGCAGCUCCAUGGAGCUCUAGAGAGCUCUGGUGUCGAUCUUGAAGAUUAUCCACUGAAACAUUUAUUUAUUUUUUAUAAAAAAUAUAGAACUCUUUGAUUCCCUGUGGAAUUCAUAUUUACUCGCUCAUUCUUCCUUACCGACCCAUCAUCGCAGUCUCCUUGUCUGUUGUUCUUUACUGAAAAUGGUUGACUUUGGGAUGAUUAUGAUGAUACCCACCAGGUUCCCAGACAGUGGAAAAUGGCUUGAUUUGUCACCGUCGAUAAAAAAAAGAAAGGCUUUUUCACGAUCGUCGUCUCGGCGGCUGACAUCUUGUGCGACGUUGACUGCGCGCAGUGCCGAGGAACUUCAGGCUGCUGGAAGAACUCGAGAGAGGGGAGAAGGGCAUCGGCGACGGCACUGUCAGCUAUGGAAUGGACGACGGCGACGAUAUAUUCAUGAGCUCUUGGACCGGAACCAUCAUCGGCCCGCCGAACGUCCGCCCUCCCCGCCGCUGCCGCCAUGGCGCUCCCUCCCCAGACUGAAACCCGGCUCUCUUCUCUUCUUCCUGCAGACCGUUCAUGAGGGAAGGAUCUACCAGUUGAAGCUCUUCUGCGGCGACGGCUACCCAGACGACCCGCCCUCUGUGCGGUUCCAGACGCGGAUCAACAUGGCCUGCGUUGACCAGGAAACAGGAGCGGUGGGCAGCCGGAGUUUUUGGAGUUUUAGGGCUUCCUCCCCCCAGAAUCUCGGGAGGAGCUCCUUUUUCAGAGCUUGAUAUGGGUCUCCAAUGGUGCCGCAGGUCAACCCGGGACUGUUUCCUAUGCUGGCCGACUGGAAGCGGGAGUACACCAUGGAGGAGCUUCUGAUCGGCCUGAAGAGGGAGAUGUCGUCACCCCAGAACCGGAAGCUGUCGCAGCCCCCAGAAGGUGAGCACCAUCCCCACCUUCUUCCUCCUUCCUUCCUUCCCGGCGUGUUAUUCGGGCAUUCAGCCGCAGGCCAGGUGAUGAAGAAGGUCUGA